AUGCCGGGGCCGAUGCUCGGCUCCGGCCCCCCCCGGAGAGGCAACAAACCCUGGCCGCGCGAAGGGGCGCCGUGCGCCUGCUCUUGUUGCAGGGCGCGCAGAGCGGCCCUGGCGGCCAGGCACGCGCCCGCCGCCAAGAGAGAGGAAACCAACAACAACAACAACAACAGCAACAGCAACAGCAACAGCAACAGCAACAGCAACAACAACAGCAGCAUCAACAACAACAACCACACGAGACGCGGCCAGCGCGGGCUCCACGGCUCCGCGUGCCCGCUCUUGUUGCGGACUCGCGCGGAGGCCGGGCCCACCGAGCCUGUCCUCGGCGUUCCGCUCCCCCCGCACCAUGCAGUCUUUGCCGGCUCCGCCGCCGCACCGACCUGGCCCGCACACCUGCCGUGA